AUGAACUUUGUGGUUGGCAGGACGGUCUGGGGAUAUCCAGGAUUGAGGUGCGAGGAUGAUGAUGAUGAUGUUGAUGAUGAUGAUGAUGAUGAUGAUGAUGAUGAUGGUGGUGGUGGUGGUGGUGGUGGUGGUGGUGGUGGUGGUGAUUUUUAAGACUAUGCGAUGUCAGUGCAUACAGGAUCGCGCAUGUCCGUUUACCACUGCUCCUCGUGAAAUGUGCAACACACUUCGGAUACACUGCGAAAUUUUAUGAACUCUUUGUGCUAUAUUCUUGAAGGCAUAGAGGAAUGUGUGAUUUUUCUUACGCAGAAAGCAUGCCACUAGUUGUCUGAAAUCGCUGAACACUGAUGCAAUGACAGAUCAAGCUCAAAAAUAUUCGGGCAUUGGGAAACUUUGUUAAAAUCGAUAUAUAAACUUUCUUCGUGUAGAAAAUGCAUCGACAGUGUUAUUUCCUAUCAAAUGAGUAAAAGGAAGCUUAGUUUGUGCACGUUUUUUAUAAAACAUAUUUGAAUUUCUAAGACCAUCGAAAAUACACGGGAAAAAUGAAUGCUAAUUAAGUAGGCAUUUUUUACCGCAUACGGUUUCUGCAGGAGAUCAAGAAGGAGCGCGUUAAAACGCCGACAUCCUGGCGAGUCCGAAAUGCUAUGAGAUUAUAUCGUACGCGAAUAAAUAAUAAAACCCCACCUAAGUAAUCCUUCCUAAUGGGAAACGAAUUCUAGAAUUUCGGCCAACAUUUCAGGAGCUCGGUCAUGCACUGUAGUUACCGUGUAUCUUCUUUGCCUUUUACAGGACAUCUAACAAGUCUUUUUCCCUUUUCUUCAAGUUUUAAGCAAAUGCAUGGUGACCUUUAAGAAAAAUUUAACGUAGUGAACAAAAUGCACUUAAUUUCCAUACUGCACAUAGGAGGUUCAAGAACUUUCUUGAAAGUGUAGCCUUAUGUACUUAUUUUACCUGUACCCAUAGAGUAGGUGGGUUAACACAUAAAACUUCAACCGAAAUUCCGAAAUGCGUUAUGGUUUGAAAAUAUUAAUUCAGUAGGGCUGUAAAACCAAUCAUCGUGCAGCAUAAUUCUAUAAUAAUUUAGUUACCACAGGAAGCCGGCUUUCGAACGAACUUUCUCCCCGGUGCGUGCAAAAACUACUGUCUGUAAAAAAUGACUUCUUAUAUAGCAUUCACUUUUCUCAUUGAUUUUCGAUACCCGUAAAAGCCCAAUUAUAUUUUAUGGAAAAUAUGCAUUAAAGAAUUCAUUCUUUUGCUCAUUCGGUAGAGCACUGCGUCCUCUCUUAAGUUUUUACUCGAAGGGGCGGAGCAUAAUUCAAUUUUACAAAGGCUUCUACUUGUGGGAUUUUUAAAUACCUUGAAGUGGCCGUUUAUAAGUCAUCGUGUUUUUCCUUUUCCCAAUGUGGCUUGUAAAGUUAACAAAAUGAAUCAAAUCCACCGCUUAACUUUAUGAACCUCAUAUGGUCUCCUCUUAAUGCCGUACAGAAAUUUGUAGUUUUCAGUAAGCAAAAAUAUACUGCUUGUAGUUUGAAACCCCUGAUCCAAGUGUCACGGUAGAGCGUGUUCAAAAUUUUGCGGGAAUUGGGAAAGUUUUUGAAAACCGAUUUAUACCCUUUCUUCGAGUAUAAGUUUGGAAUAAGAAGUAAUUAUCUACCGAAUGGCAAAGGACUAAAUAUCCUUUACAUGUUUUCCAUGAAAAUUAAUUGGACACUAAGGGGUAUCGAAAAUCAACAAUGACAUUAUUAAGGGGUACAUUAGACAGCACGCAAACUACCCAAAUUACCUUGUACGUUCGGCAAUUAUGAGCCGCUAUAUUCUGCCUCCAAUGUGGCGGAAAUAACUGUACCAGUGGGGUUAACGCACACUCAACCUCUCCCUUCAGCUAUAACACGUGCCUCGCACUCAUAACGAUGUGCUUGGCCAAGCAUCAUGCCCAACAUCCAACUGACUCUUCCACGUAUCCUGAAGGAAUUUCCGACGAGGUUUAGUUCUGCAGCUCCAUUCGGUCGAUAUCCUAUGGUCAGUAUUUUAACAAAUUUUAGAAGGUAAGAAUCUGUCGACCUUACAUAUAUCACGUAUUUGCGCAUUCCUUACCACUUCAAUCCAGCGAGUGACUGUGCCACGGGAGGAGAGUACUUAUACGCCAUCCUCGUUUUCAUCAGGUAUCAGUUUACACACGCUUCCUUGCGCCUGCUUCGAGCUCCGUUUUCACUCUUUUCCCCUUCAUAAUCAAGCCAGUGGCUAAGCGGGCUUGAAAAUGAAAUUGUUCGGAUGGAUUGGAACUUUAUCGGCUCCAUUACAAUGGCCAUGCACUGCGGAUUACCACACGGUUUCCUCCCUUGCCCUCCACUUGUGAUUGCACCCUCCUUAUCCUGCUAAUCCAGCGAGUGGUUGUGUCGUGGGAGAGAGUAUGAACACGCCACCUCCACGCGCUUCCCUGCGCGUGCUUCGAGCUCUGCUCCUGCGCCUAUUUUCCCUUCCUAAUCCAGCGGGUGGCUAAAGUAGGCAUGGCAACUUAAAUUGUUUUAGGAAGCCAACCAUAUGAUAGAACUCAGGUGGGGCUGCGGAACCAAACUUCGCCGAAUUUAUUUUAAUUUUUGAAAUCCUGAACGACUUAUGUGAACCUCGGCAAUCUAAUAUUGUAUCAGAGGGCCUUUACACCGUCAUUCGCAGUUUCCAGGGUAAAUUAUUCUCCCUGCGUGCUCUUUAGCCCACCUGGGUGAGGUUUCCAUGCAGUCACGGAGAAUGAUUGCAGUAGUUGGGCAGGCCACUGGAUGAAGGCGGUAUUUUCUGACUGUUUUCCGUUAGGAUUACUUUUUUUCGCGGGAACGUGGUCCAUUUAGGGCCAGUCUGAUUUUAAAAUGCGAAGUAAAUUCAUAGUAUCAGCUUUACUUUACAAAGGUUAGGCAGUGAUUGUGUAGAUUUAAAUUUUAGUAUAGCCAAGAUGUCCAUAGGAAGAGCCAAACUACUUGCAAAAAGGCGAGGAUGGAAGAUUACUGUGACUAUACAUAGAGGAUGCGGUUGCGACGUAAGGCCCUGUCCACUAAUGCUAUUGUCUCUUGCCUCAAUCGUAGAUGCCUAAACUUAAUGCAAUAAAUACUCAGUCGACCAAAUUCUAGUAGUUACUUGUUGCUAAUUCAUUAAAACUCUCGGUUAUUAUUGUGGUAACUACUCGGUAUUUCUUUCGUCCAUAAUGCUAAUGAAGGAAUUCUAUGUUUGCUCAAUCAAUCUUGAAAAAAUAUUGUUAUCGCAACUGAAGAGGAGGAGGCAUUGCGUUUGUUGGAGAUCUGUGACCGAAACAAUUGAUUACGCAUUCGGUCGACAUUUCCAGCGGGAAUUUCCGCCUCAUGGAGGCCGAAAAUUUAGCCACAUCCCACAAAAUUCGCCGGUAUUCAAGUGCUGGACGCAUCUCAAAUCACUGUUGGAGUCUGCUCAGCUAACCGCAUCCAAACUGCCCAGUUCCUCCGAUAAAAUUCCCUUGCCAAAAUUGCACUGCAUAUGUUAAUCGGAGUGAAUCGUUUCCUCGACCUUAUAACCUACCCUCUGGCGGUUGCUACCGAUCCGCAUGUGAUUGCAAUUUUGGGUUAGAUAAGAAAGUUGCUAGCAAUUUGAGGAUACUUUUUGACAAUCAAAGCCCUUCCUUCAUACAUGGACCGAGUGCUGUUCCUUACCUGGUCUCGUGUCCGUUUGCACCGAUCGACAAAUUUGCGCGGAAGAUUAUUCACUCUGAGCCUACAAGGAGCAUGCUCUACUUCAACAAUAUCGUCUCAGGAUUGAGUGUGUCAGCACAGCAUCUGUGCCCAACUUCGUUCGUCGCUGAUUUCCUGCCCGUUGCUAAGGUUUAGUAUUCCUGCCUCGUACUUGUCGCUUUCCUAUGUACUCGGGUCUUGGGACAGGUGCAAUCUCAGACAAGUAGGAACAUAGAGGAAGACCAUCCGAUUUUCACUUUUCCCUUCAUCGUGAACCGUAUAUCACGUUGGACUACGUUGUGAUGUCACUACUGAAUGCAAAUACCUCAUCCAGUACGAUAACAGAGAACAGAUUUGGCGGAAUUUCCUGCGCGUUUAUUUGUAUCUUCGUAAUCGCCUGUGUGCCGAAUGACUGAGUUAAUAGAACAAAUUAUCAAUGAUUAAUUUUAAAGGCGUUCGACAAUUAUGCACACAAAUGACUGCCACACACAAACGACGUUGAUUAUUCAGAGUGUGUUUGCAGUUAUCACGUGCAGACACUACCAGACUUCAAGAAACGCUCAAUUUGCCACGAGUUAAAGCAAACACGGAGGGGGCCAAACAGGCGGCCACAGGCUUACCUCACAGCUACCUUUCGUACUGAUGUUUGUUCAGUAGAUGUGCUUGUGGUAUUUUUUUGCCGCCGCGUAUACAUAAACCAUAAACACUCCCUCACCAUCUUCUGCACCGACUUCCCCACCCCCCCUUCCACCCCAAAGGCUUAUAACCUACGUCGUCCAAACAUACGCCUUCCACUUGGGACAGCAGCUACCAAAGGCUUCAGGCUCUUAAACUACUGCGGUAUUUACAUAAACACCUAACGCUCCGUCACCAUCGAGCCCACCCCUUCCCCCCCUCCCCCCCCCGCCAAAGGCUUAUCACCUACGCCGUCCUAACAUUAAUCCCGGCAGUCCUUUUCCCACCUUUAUACAAACUGUCAGCAUUCGACAACUCCCUAACCGGCUUUUCCCACUUCCGCCUGCUUCACAGUCUACUGCCCCCCUCCCCGCACCCUUUUGUUAGUUGACCUGAUAUGCCCUUCACUGCGGGUGGUUCGAGUCACCAGUCACCAGCUACCCCGAUUCCUCCUUACCGUCUGCCAGGGUUGGCAGCUGCCUAAGACCCUCCCCGCGCGCCAUCCUGUUCCCGCUCUAAAGGCCUUCCGUAAUCACUCCCUUUCUGCCCCAUAAGAGUUUACCGACGAGGCUUAGUGGAUGUCGUUGCCUUAUUCUACAUCGGUAAACAUGUUCACCUACCAAGCCUCCCUGGUAGUCGAUCAGUCGCCCUCUUCACUGUGUGUUGAUGGCUCCAUUACCAUUGUUAGAGAUACCUGCCCAACCCACAGACAACGUCCGUUCGAUUCUACCAUUAGCCCACAACCGGCUCUUAUCAGCUGACGCAGCCCUGCGGUUGAACUUUACUUAACUGAGUAUCAAACUUUCCUUCAUUCCGGAUGCUUACCAGCACCGUAAGCCAGAGCACUGCAGUAGCAAAAUGCAACAUUUACUCAAAAAUAGGAAAAGGGAACAACACACUAGGCAUACAGCGUAGUACAGAAAAUCGUCCCCGGCUGCCUUGGGCAGUGGCUUGCCACAUCACCAGCAAGCAACAGUUAGGUGUGCUAGAAAAGGGUAUGCGAUUACACGCUUGCCGUACACUGUAGUACCUCAGAUCGCCUUUAGCAUCCUUUUUUGGUAGCGGGUAUCCCCAUCGCCAGCAGGUAACGGCCGCAUUCACUGUGGGUAGGCAUGGAAAGUAAAUGGAGGAAGCACAGAGACUUACCUUCAAGUCUUCCGUCUGUGCCUUCGUUGGUUAGCUUAUCACAUCACCGUUGGUUGGCUCUCCUUUAUUGGAUAUGCUUCUGCCCAAUGUCGCGUAAAAGUUUCCCAGGAAGCUGCCAUGUUGUCGGCCCUUAGGUCGAACCAGAGGCGGUACUGAACCUCAUCUAGAUGGGCCCACACUGAUCUGCCACAGACAGGAUCAGACUCCUGUAGCUUGCUCUUCAAUCUGCUCCAGUAGGCCUCUACGGCGUUCGUAUGCCGACCCGUUGUGGGAUUCACGAAGACCCUACUGCGGUUGACGGUGUAGUGUGUGCAACCUUCCGACGGUAGGCGGGUAUAACUCUUCCACUCAUUCGUUACGAUAACACUACCAGCAGCCACCCACUUCACUAUGACGGGCCUUAGGGCCUGCCAGCUGCGGUUGUUAACCUGCUUAAACAGGGCUUUCCGUGUGCCUGUAUCGUACAUACCGACGACGCACAACUGGCGCCGCGGUCGUCCCUUGUGGUACUUGCGGCGACUUAUAAGCGUCUCGUCUAUCUGCACUUCCACGCCUGGUCCCCCAAUUUGGCUUACGGCGGAUAGAAGUGUGUGUGAGCAGGCCCCGCGGCAAAUGCUGUACCAUUCCAUGGCAGUAUUUCUACUGACACCCACAAUUGCAGCACAUCGCUUGGCCCGCCCACCUUCGACGAAAUUAUAGCAUAUGCGUAGCAGUGUCUGCAGACUGAGCUUGCUACCAACGAACAUUGACCCCGUCCGCAGACACCGCUUCCGUCUGAAGUGUCCACAGCGGAAGGCAUAAUCGUCCGUAUGCUACCGUAGCACUUGCAUCUGCACAGUACGCCGACAUCGGCAUGCUAAUGUUGUGGCCAGCAACCUCCACCGCUGCAAGUACUGAACGACACCUGCUGACUGAAAGACAGCUUGUAUUUCAUCCUCGGCGGUCUGUAUAACCCGCUGAGGACCGCGCCAACGUCCGCCUGCAGUCGGUGACGAUCUAGGUAUAAAACAGUAGGAGUUUAUAAUACUGCUGGUGUCAACUUAUACAUACCCCCCACCCCACUUUUCCCUUAUGCAUGCCCAGAGUUAAUUAUGGUAUACCUAACAAUGAGGAUCAGUUGAAUUAGCGGUAGCUUAUAGGUAGUAGGCCAUCAUGCGUUCUGUGCUAGCUAUUCGGACACAGCAUGACUUUUCCUGCAUUUACUCUUACAGCUUGUAUCCACCAGGCAAUGUGCUCUUGGCUAGGUAACAUAGCGCACUUAACGCACAUAGGAGUUAUGCAAACAAAUCAGUGGCCUUUCAUUUAAAUUGCCCUCCUCCUCCGCUGGCUAACGACCAACUACCUAGCACGGACCUACCUAACUGCCGACUACAUCUCUUACCACCCCGCCGCCUUUUACCUUAGCAUACUCACAAUGGGCACUUCGGUCCCCUUCAGCUAAUGGCAUGCUCUGAGCCCGACGUCGGUUGGUCCAUACGUCUGAGGAAUCCAAACCCCCCCUUUUUUUUCAAUGGAGACCAUGACAGCAGCGUGUAUUAAUAUUUCUCGAUGGAAGGGCUUUGAUGCAGACAAGGAGCAGUAUGAUUUUAGAGCGGUUGUGCACUUACUCACUGACAACCGACGGCGAUCGUGGCAUCUGACACGGCGCAGUUCCCCGGAGGCCCCCGCCAACACUACCUAAUAACCUACAUUUAAAAUUAAAAGGGUUACUUAAGUCUGCAAACUGCUCCCACCAUGGAAAUUUAAAAAUCUAUCGAAAGGGCGUACUUACAUACGGCAACCGACCACUUCGGGAGUUCGCCGAUCUGCUGUAGGUUGGUGCGGUGGCGUUGGAGUACGUCCAGGUAUCCUAAACAUUUUUCGCGUUAUGCGUAUUAAACGGUGCAUGCGGGGGAGAUCAGCGAUAUAACAGAGAGCGAGGGGGUGAGGAUGAGUUAGUAAGGGGCUGGGAAUUGAGGCAAUUGUCAUAAGCAGUUUAUUCAAUCAAUCCUUCCCAACCACAGCACUUCGAUGUCCCUUCCCGUCUCGCAUGCGCAUCUUCUGCUUCUCAUCCAUCCGCUGGCAAAUUAAAUUUGUUUCGUAAUACGAAAGACAGAAGGAAAUCUGUAUGCAUAACCAGAGCGGAUAAUUGCAAAUACGGAGUGCUAAAGUGCUACUAGGGUCUCUAAGAUGCUAAGAUGUGAGUUAAUGUGACCUGAUAUUCCAGCAUCUUUUUUGAAAUUCGAGCACUAAUCAUGUCAAAACAGACGUGCAGUCAGUAAUUUCAGAUGGCAUAUAAGCCUGACUUUUAUCACAGCACUUUUCAUCACUUUUUCUCUAUUUUAUUCAGGUCUAGUCCUUAAGAGGUCACUCCUAGCAUGGAAGAAAACUUGAGUUAAUAGACUUGCAGGGCAAAAUUAUGUAUUUUAUUUGCUGGCGCCAGUCCCCGACAGCCACGUGGUUUAUUUUGUUUUGAUUGCAUAGACAAAUUGAUGAAAAAACAGGCUAGGAUUGCAAGACUCGCCCGACCUUAGCCGCAGACCAGACCAAAGUUAAAAGGGCGCGAGAGAAAGGCCGACGCUGAGGAGAUCAGGCGAGUGAUCAUGAAAAUAUGGAUAGAAUUUGGAGAUCAUUCCAUCAGAAAUGUUAACAAAUCUUACGGAGUAAAAAAAGCUUCAGAUGACAAAGGACACCUAAAUCGUCCUCAGGCUGAUUGCCCCAAACGCAUGCACAUCGACAAAUGACCAUCACUAUUUUUGAAGAGACAUAGAAAAGUCAGGAAAAACGAGAUCAGUUGAGGAGAGAAGUGCGAAAACUGAAAUAUCCCUAGAAUCGUCUGCUAAACCUGUGGCUACCGACACAAAAAAAUCAAGACGAGGCAGUUCUGGUGAGCUGCCAUAAAACGGCUUCUACGCAUUGUUAAUUCAACUUAAAAAUAUAGAACCCUCAUCCAACAUAUCUGACAACAUCAGUCUUCCUUGAAUUUCAAAUUACUCCGAUCGUGCCUAUUUGAUUUAUAUCAAAGCCUUAAAUGAUACGGUUGGGCAAAUAUCUCAAUUAUUGCUUCGGGGAAUUACUAUUGCAAAGGGACUUAAAUAAUUGCCCCUUGCAAUGACACGACCCAUCGAAUUCCAUGGUAUGACUGAACCGUCAGUCAACUGAGAUAAUUUGGACCGUUCUGAAGGCAUGACUGAAUGAUUGCCAUAAAAUACUAAAGUGACAACUGCUGUCUCAGAAACAAAAUCCCUAUAAACCUUUAUUUGACAGUUCGACCGUCGAUUUCGACGAUGUCCACCGUGUUCCCCACAGCUGCAGCAGCGAUGGGAGCAGGGACGGUGACUUACGCAGGGGUUUAUAGUGCCAGAAGACUUGCGUAGCAUCUACCUACACUCUCUCCUCCUCCCCCGCCUGGGCCCGGUGUCAAGACAGAGUCAAGAAGACCGGAGACGAGAGAGGCCGCAGGUGGAUGGCUCGGACGGAUCCUCACAUUGGCGUUCCACCACACCCCCUGGACCACACAACAAUAACCAGGAUUUCAACCAACACAACAGAGAUUUGGAGGCUGGCACGGCCGAAGCCGCACCUGGGCGUGCCGGCAACGCCUGGCUCGGAUCCCACACUGUAGUAGGAGUGCCAUAAAGGCCACAUUAAAAAGGAGCCAUUGCAGCCUGACUCUCAGACCGCCUCCAGUAAUGGAGGAGGUCCAAGGUACCCCGUCAGUUGGCAACCUUCCAAGCUACGGCUUUUAGCGCACCAAGAUAGCUUCAAGCGCGUCAGAUUGUUUAUUUAGAACCAACAUCGCGCACACACUCAUUUCAGCCGACACAUUCCUUCACAACACCAAGUCUAGGAAACUCUCCUAUAUCCAAACGGAGCGGCGGUGUGCAGAACAGCCCAAAUCCUAGAUAAAACGUUGACAAUAGAGGCAAAGAGACGAGUCCCAGGAAGUAGUCUUGAAGAAGGAGACACGAUCGCCGGGACAAGAGCUUUAUUAGCCUGAAGUUUCGGAUUCCUACUCGAAUCCAUCUUCAGAAACAAAAAAGCAGAAACGGGUGGUUGCUGCACAAGGGGCUGCGGUAUUUAUAGGAUGCAGUAGCCAUGCUACCGCAUACCUAUGAACAUUCACGGCUCCCCCCUUUGUCCUUUAUCAGACGGAGGCAACGGAGGAGACUAAGAGUCUCAUCCGACACCAAGUGUCGUCUCUCCUGAUGGCCCACAGGCCGCGGAAAGUGCUUUCCAAGGUCGAACGUGAUGCGCUUAGAGAACUGAAGGCCGACAAAGACCUGGUCAUCGUGCCAGCGGACAAAGGACGCGCCACAGUUGUACUGGACAGGACAGACUACCUUCAAAAAGCCAAAGGUUUACUGGAGGACUGACAGUUCUAUGUCCCAUGUGCAACGAACCCUUUAAAGGCGCUGACACGCGAAAUUAAUGCUACGUUGUUGGCCUUGGAGAACGCAGGUGCAAUAACACCGACCGACAGACGCAUGGCGAGACCCCAAGAUACGGCUUUGGCCCGAUUCUAUGGCCUUCCUAAGGUGCACAAAGACGGCGCUCCUCUCUGACCCAUCGUGUCGCUCAAAGGGACUCCAACGUACGGACUUGCGAAGUGGCUGUUCCGGCGUCUCAAGUUUCUGACCGCUGAGUCAGACACCACGGUCUCUUCGUCAGCACAAUUCCUGGAGAAAUUCAAAGGGGUAAGCCUCCAUCUAAAUGAGGUCAUGGUGUCUUUUGACUUUACAUCCCUUUUUACCUCAUUUCCCAGGACCUGGCGAUCGAGACAAUUGAGCUGCUACUACAAAGCAAAUACGAUGAAACGGAGAACCGUCUUGGACACGCCCAAAUCCUUCAGCUCCUGAAGCUCUGUCUCAGGACGUACUUCACGUUUGACGGGACAAUCUACGAACAAGUGAAGGGCACCCCAAUGGGUUCGCCGAUUUCGGGAUUCAUCGCCGAGGCGGUCCUGCAACGAUUAGAGUCGCUGGUCUUCCAACAACACAGACCGAAAUUCUGGGCCCGGUAUGUGGAUGAUACCUUCGUCGUCAUCGAACGGGAUCAGGUGUUGACAUUCCGAGAACGUCUCAACGCCGUCUUCCCGGACAUUCAAUUUACGAUGGAGGAGGAAGAGAACAACCUGGAUGUCCUCGUAUGUCGCAAGGAUUGUGGCAAAGUGUUCAGGAAAGCGACAAAUACGAUGCAAGUACUGAACUUCAACAGCAACCACCCAAUCAGUCACAAACGCAAUUGUGUAAGGACGCUCUAUCGGCGUGUCGAAACACACUGCAGUGAGCCGGAAGACAAGAUGGCCGAACUACAAUACCUCCGACGGGUCUUCAAAGCCAAUGGCUACCCGCGCAACUUUGUCAACCGGUGCAUACGCAAAAUGGACGAAAGGCCUAACCGUAGGGACACCAAAGUUUGGCGAGCGCUUCCAUAUGUCAAGAACGUUUCGGAAGCUGUCGGCCGCCUUCUCGCACCACUUGGUGUUGGAGUUGCACACAGACCGCAGACAACCAUCAGGCGUCAGUUGAUGAAACCAAAAGACCCACUGUCACGGCAAGAAACGUCUGGAGUCGUUUAUCGGAUCUGGUGCAGUUGCGGACAAAGCAACUACGUCGGAGAAACCGGAAGACAGCUCCGAACGCGAAUGGCCGAACACGCUGCAGCAGUGCGGAGAAAUGACGCCACCUCUCAAGUUGCGGCUCAUUCGACGGGUUCCGGCCACACAUUCAAAUUUGACGAGGCCGAAAUUCUUGCAAGAGGUAACAACCGCGUGAGCCGCGAGCUGCUUGAGUCAUGGUUUACCGGCCUCCAGUCUAUCAACAAGUGCGAUGAUCUUCCCAUUCAAUACAGCGUGCUGAGACUUCGUCAAGGCGGAGUAAUUGGCCACGCGGGGAGCGCACUGGUGAACACUCCUCCCAACACCCGGGUCAGCGCGUCAGAUGGUCGAGCAAUCAUCACGCCAACAUCCAACGCACGUGAUGAAAUUGCAGCAAUUAACGACGCGAAUAUCGACCAUCACGCCACGUGCAACGAGCCCUGA